UUUUAAUAGGAUUUAUUUUUUCAUCUUCCUCCUUUAAAAUGAUCACAGAUCCGAAUGAGAAUAUACCUGAAGAGAGGCUGCUUCUCGGCACGCUACUGCUGGUUAGCGGGUGAAGGCGCAGUUUACCCUAAAAUCUUGUCCUAUUUCUUCGAGCUGCUUGCAGGAUCAACAUGUUGAAGAUUUUCAGGAUGAGGAUACCCUUAUUAUGUCUUCUCGUCCGUUCUUUUGUUUUGAUAUGUUUUGUUGAAAUUGUUUUAUCAGGCUUCACAAGCUCUUUCAUACGGUCAGAAUGGCCUUCUACAGACAUACCAUUGGAUAGUCCGGAGUUUUCAAUUCCAGAGGGUUAUAAUGCCCCACAACAGGUUCAUAUCACCCAAGGUGACUAUGACGGGAAAGCUGUCAUUGUCUCAUGGGUGAACAUGAUCGAGCCUGGGUCUAGUGAAGUACUUUAUGGAACAUCGAAGAAUCAAUAUAAUCUUAGUGCUCAGGGAACGCAUACAAACUAUACUUUCUACAAGUACAGAUCUGGGUACAUUCACCACUGCCUUCUUAGUGGACUUGAGCAUAACACCAAGUAUUACUAUAAGAUUGGAACUGGCAGUUCUGCUCGAGAAUUCUGGUUUGAAACACCUCCAGAGGUUGACGCAGAUGCUUCCUACACCUUCGGUAUAAUAGGUGAUUUGGGUCAAACCUACAAUUCUCUGUCAACACUGGAGCAUUAUAUGAAAACUGGAGGACAGACUGUCUUAUUUGUUGGGGACCUCUCGUAUGCUGAUAGGUAUCAUGAUAAUGAUGGGAACCGUUGGGAUUCUUGGGGCCGUCUUGUUGAAAGGAGUGUUGCAUAUCAGCCAUGGAUUUGGAGUGCUGGAAAUCAUGAAAUAGAGUACAAACCUCAUCUGGGAGAAUUUUCUACUUUUAGAGCUUAUAUUCAUAGGUACGCAACCCCUCAUGUAGCUUCCAAAAGCAACUCCCCCCUUUGGUAUGCAGUGAGGCGAGCAUCUGCUCAUAUCAUUGUACUUUCAAGUUAUUCUCCAUUCGUAAAAUACACUCCUCAAUGGUUAUGGUUACGGGAGGAACUUAAGCAAGUGGACAGAGAGAAAACUCCAUGGCUGAUUGUUCUUAUGCAUGCCCCAAUAUACAACAGCAAUGGUGUACAUUACAUGGAGGGUGAAAGCAUGCGAGCUGCUUUUGAGAGAGGGCUUGUUCACUACAAAGUUGAUAUGGUCUUCGCAGGCCACGUUCAUGCUUAUGAAAGAUCGUAUCGAGUUUCUAAUAUCAACUACAACAUUACAUCUGGAAACCGCUAUCCUGUGCCGGACAAGUCAGCUCCUGUGUACAUAACUGUUGGCGAUGGAGGAAACCAAGAAGGGCUUGCUUCGAGGUUUCUUGAGCCACAGCCAGAAUAUUCAGCUUUUAGGGAGGCCAGCUAUGGUCAUUCAGUUUUGGAGUUGAAGAACAGGACUCAUGCAUUCUACAACUGGAUUCGAAAUGAUGAUGGCAAAUCUGUGCCUACAGAUCAUGUUGUCUUUCACAACCAGUACUGGGCAAGCAACACAAGAAGGAGAUUGAAGAAAAAACAACCAAACCGUCAGAUCAACUUCAUUGCAACAUAUUAAGCCAAAGUUAUUGUGUAGUUGCAAACUGGUGCAAAGAUUACUAAAUAAGGAAGAUCAGGUUUUUGUACUAUUUUUAAAAAUAUUUCUACCCUGAUGUUCAUUUAUCUUAGAAAUAAAACAUCCAUUUAUUUCACCAGUCGUAUACGUAGUUCUAGCAUCUAGCAAGUGUUGAGAUAAUAAUGUUUAUAUUUUUCUAAUGAGACAGGUUUUUAUAUCAUUACAGAAAAUUAAAUUUCUA